AGUUUGCCAACUCGCCGGCUUGACAGCUUCACCUCGCGCACCACUUCAACAACAUGUCAUCUCCAGAUAAGCAGAUUUCCUACGGUGAUCUGAAAUCUCUCCUGGCCAAGGGCUCAGAGUUCCUGCUAGUGGACGUGCGCUCCAAAGAUGAAGUGGACCGCGGGCACAUCCCGGGAUCUGUCCACAUUCCCUUGGACAGUGUCGAGAGUGAGCUGUCUUUGGACCCAGCUGCGUUUCAAGCUAAGUUUGGCGUGCCCAAACCCCCCCUAGAAUCCCCUGAUGUUAUCUUCCAUUGCCAAAUGGGCAGAAGAGGGGCAGCUGCUACAGAAAAGGCCAGAAACAUGGGCUUCCAAAAAGCACGGAACUAUGCUGGAGGCUACAAGGAAUGGUCAGAGAAGGAGGGGAAAUAAGUAUCCCACCUCCAGUUCAGUUGAAACCACAGUUUAAGCUAUUUUUUAAAUCAUUUUUAUAAUCCACGAUGUCACUAUACCAUCAAACACUGUUGUGCGAUUUUUGUUCUUUAUUAUUCAACAUUUUG